AUGAUCAGUACGUAUAUAUUAAAAUUAAGGUUUAUGAAAUGUGACAACAAUGGAUUUGAUUGUUUCAAACCGGCAACCGCUGAUGAGACAUUCGGAGGCAAGCGCGAGCGAUAUGCUGCUGACUGCGACUUGCAAUUGGAUGUCACCACUGCAGUGCCUUUGUCAUUUGAUAGGAAGCCAGUGCUCUUUAGUAUUGUCCCGGCUGUUGAGGACAACUCGUACCAAUUCUUCACACACUUUGACAGUCCCUUUAUGAACAACAUGGAUGAAAUUGCAUAUUGGGUGCAUACUAAAAGGGCACCAUGCCUUUAUGGGUUUGAUAAUACAAAUAGUAAGCUGGAUGAACAAGCUCAUUGCUCAAAAAACAAGCCUAAAAUUAAUGAUGUUAAAGAAGUGCCUUCACCUAAGAAAAAGAACAAAAGGAAAUUGGUGCUAGAUGAGCAAGUCAGUUCAACAGGUGCAGUGAAUGUAGCUGAUCCUGGAGAAAACUGCUUGGUUGACACUUCUAGAAGGAAGCGUCAUACUGGCAGAUAUUCACAGUCAAAGAAGAGUGCAGAUAAAAGUAGACAAUCGCUGAAGAGGGACAAAAGUGGUUUUGCUGAAUGUUUUUCAGAAAGUGAUGAUGAUAGUGAACUCUUGAAGCAGAAGAAGUUUUUCUGU